AUGUUUGACAUAACAAAUGCAAACGUUGGUCAUACUCGUAAAGCUCUUUCGCAUGAUGUUCGUCAAGAGAUGUUUGACAUAACAAAUGCAAACGUUGGUGAAACACGAAAGAGAGACGACACACUGAAACAACAGAGAAGAGAGAUGUUUAAGAGCGCUAUAGAACAAGUUCGCAAAGCUAACGAUGUCAUUCGUUCCAUUGACGACAAACCAAAAGAAGGUGAGAGAUGGUUAAAGAAAGAUGAAGAGAAUAGGAAGAGAAAUGUGAAGUCAGGCAAUAGACUCAUUGACUUUAACAUCGAAGCUUUAGAUGAACCAAACAGAGACUACUUACACAAACAUUUCGGUAAGGUUUUCAUGAGACUCUUAGAGAAGAUUAAAAUAAACUCCCAACAAAGAUGGAUGGUAUGUUAUAAACUUGGUGGAAAGUAUGAAUGUUCUACGUUAAACCUCAAUAAUAUUGGAACAUUACUACAUCAGCUCUUGAAGGAGAACUUUAUAUCAGAGAUAGAAGCAAAUGCUGCAGGUAUUGUUGAAAUGCACUAUGACUUCUUCUUGACAAACAUAAAGAAUCUUACUGAAAUAAAGAUGUAUGAUUUAACUGAAUAUGAAGGCUUAACGAUGUCAGAUGUAAAGAAAGGCAAACCAAAAAAGAGACCAUAUAGAGAUGAAAGCACACUGACAGAAAGACAGAAAAGAUUAUUGAACAGACUUAAACAAACAGGAGAUAAACAAGAUAUAGAUGACUUCUGGAAUGAAAUCCUUGGUGAAAAGAAGUUUUAUAAGAAGAGAAGCGGUCAGUUCUGGAAGUAUCUUUGCACAUUACCUAUAAAUCUUGAACGCUACC